UUGAAAAUCCACGCAAAUUGUAUAAUAAAUAUACAAACAUGAUACGGAAGUAACAACACGUAAUAUAAUGUGAUAUCCAAUUAUAAGAAUCUGAUAUAGAAAUGGAAAAAUGAAUAAUAAGGCAAAAAAGAGGGGUGCAUCUCACAUGGUAAGUCAAUCCCCACUCACGCAGAAGGUAACUUGUUUCUCCACCACAUCACACUUCAUACCAAUCUCUCUCUCUUCUUUCUCUCUCCCACCACUAUAAAUAAAGAAUCAAGAUCCCCCACCCAACUACACAUUCAUAAGGAGGGAAGAUGUCGACGAAGCCAGCGACGAAGGUGGUGGCGCCGCUGAAAGAUGAGCUGGACAUCGUGAUCCCGACGAUCCGCAACCUGGACUUCCUGGAGAUGUGGCGGCCCUUCUUCGAGCAGUACCAUCUCAUCAUCGUCCAGGACGGCGACCCCUCCAAGACCAUCCACGUGCCUGAGGGAUUCGACUACGAGCUCUACAACCGCAACGACAUCAACCGGAUCUUGGGCCCCAAGGCCUCCUGCAUCUCCUUCAAGGACUCCGCCUGCCGCUGCUUCGGAUUCCUCGUCUCCAAGAAGAAGUACAUCUUCACCAUUGACGACGAUUGCUUCGUGGCCAAGGAUCCAACUGGACAAGAGAUCAAUGCAUUGGCUCAACACAUACACAAUCUGCUGACUCCAGCCACGCCAUUCUUCUUCAACACAUUGUACGAUCCCUAUAGAGAAGGUGCCGACUUCGUCCGUGGCUAUCCCUUCAGCCUGAGGGAAGGAGCGCCUACUGCCGUCUCCCAUGGACUCUGGCUCAACAUCCCCGACUAUGACGCCCCAACUCAGCUUGUCAAACCUCGUGAGCGCAACACCAGGUAUGUCGAUGCUGUCUUGACAAUUCCCAAGGGAACCCUUUUCCCCAUGUGCGGAAUGAACCUUGCAUUCGACAGGGAGCUCAUUGGCGCUGCCAUGUAUUUUGGGCUCAUGGGCGAUGGCCAGCCUAUCGGGAGAUACGACGACAUGUGGGCUGGCUGGUGCACUAAGGUUAUCACGGACCAUUUGGGUCUGGGGGUGAAGACGGGGCUGCCGUAUAUCUGGCACAGCAAGGCUAGCAACCCAUUUGUGAAUCUGAAGAAGGAAUACAAAGGAAUCUACUGGCAAGAGGAGAUCAUCCCCUUCUUCCAAUCUGUUGUUCUCCCCAAGGAAUGCACCACCGUGCAGAAAUGCUACAUUGAGCUGUCAAAGAUGGUGAAAGAGAAGCUCGGCCCCAUUGAUCCCUACUUCCAGAAGCUUGCUGAUGCGAUGGUCACCUGGAUUGAUGCGUGGGACGAGCUCAACUCUGCUGCGGCUGCUCCUGCUCCUGCUGCCAAGAAGGAUGCUUCUUCUUCUUCCAAGAAGUAGAGGGAGGGAGUUGGUUCGCUACUUCUGAUAGAGAUGAUGGCUUAAAUUAUUUCACUCCGUUUCAACGCUCAACAUUUUUACUGCAUCGACUCAUUUUACUUCCUUGUCUGUUUUAUUAUCAUAUUUGUAUUCUAGAAGUUGAGUUAUCUCUUUUGACGGCUCAGGGAUCUUAACUUACACCAUCUAUUGGUUAUAAACUUUAUAAUACUGCAUUUCAGCUUUAAUACACAUGCUUUUUUGUUUCUA